AUUCUCGCGCUUCGACUCUUGCUCACGAGAGAAAGUGAGAGAACCCUUUCCACAACAGCCAGCGACUCUUCUGGCGCACGCCAAGUGCCCGCAGUGACGCAUCCGUUGGCUGCUGCGUGCGCAAGUGAAGCCGAGGAAGAGAGGGGACAUUGGCGCGUUUGCCGUAGCGCAAUAAUCCGCGACCUCGUCGGCCUUGAAGUGGAACCCACACCUUCGCCAAAUUCCAGAUUGGAGGGCACGGGAUGCUAACACAAUCCCAUGCUGUCCACCCAGCUUACAAGGAACGCCGAUGACCUGCCGUCGGACGCGGUGCUUCAUAGGCGCAAACCAGACUGUGUGUAUCCUGGCCUUUGUUCACAAGUCUGAAGCACUGCCAACAGAAACUGUUACUGGAAGAAUUUAUUUGCGCCAGCACUAAGGACCCUGGGCAUUACUGAUCAUCGACACCGAUGGCCAAGCCGCAGACCAGUGGAGCAGCCCGCAAGGCGGUGCGCGAAGGCCCGGACUCCCCGAGGGCCUGGUACCUGGGCGUAUUCUGCACCCUAUACGCAUUCUUCGGCUGGGUGGGCCUCAGCUCCACGCCCGUCCUCUACGUGGGACUCAUCAAGCAUUCGGGAGCGUCCAGAGAGGCUGCGUCGCAGCCCUUCACGGCCAUGAUGUGCGCGUACUUCAUGGGAAGUGUCCUGUACGGUGGGCUGGCCCAGUGGCUCAACGAGCAGAAACUGCUGUUCGCCGCCGCCCUCAUCAUUUCAUCGACGCUGUUUGCGAGCUACUUCAUCGUCGACAUCACACUUCUGACGGUUGUCCUGGGCGUGCUCCACGGUCUGGGCGUGGCCUCGGUUGGUGUGGUGGUGGGCGCCCUGCUCUCGCAGUACUUCAUCAAGUACCGGGCCACCGCGUUCGCGCUCAUGUCGGUCACGCUGAGCCUGACGGGCGUCGUGUUCCCACCCGGUGGCGUCCUACUUCGUCACCGAGUACGGCUUCUCGACGUCGCUGCUGCUGCUGGGCGCCCUGUCGCUGCACCUGUUCCUCUGCUGCCUGCCCCUGGCACCGCAGCCGUGGCAGCGAGAGCAGGCACCGCGGCCGCCGCCGCCGCCCGCUACGCUGACCGGCCACAAGACUCCCGCGGUGCGGGAAAAUACAAAUGGUCACAUCGUGAAGCAAGACAACACAAAACAAAAUACUCCCAAAAGCACACUUAUAUUAUGCGGCCAUUCGUGCAAGGCAUCUUCCCGAUAUGCUGCACAACUAACGCGUGCGGCUGCUUCGCCAUCUUCACAUACACACUAACCAUAGUGGACUUCGCACAUGACUGCGGCUUUCAAGGCUAUCAGGCUGCCAUGUUGAUGACAGCUAUGUCUGUGGGCUGGGCGGCGGCCAGCGUGGCCCUAGCGCCGGCCGUCGACGCGGGGCUUACCAGCAAGGAGACGGUGGUCUUCACCAGCUUCGUGGUGCAAGGCAUCGGCUUCGUCUUUAUGGCGGUGCUGGGCGAACACUACGCGUGGCUUGUGACUGGCAGCGUUCUGGUCGGCUGGGGUCAGGGCAGCCGAGGCUUCCUGCUCUUCGUGUUCGUGCCCGAGCGCUUCCCCAAGGGCCAAGUUCCCUUGGCCUUCGCGCUCAUGAGUCUUUCGUGCACCCUACCCUUCUUCGCGCGGGCGCCCAUCAUAGGAUACGUUCGGGACACGCUGGGCAGCUACUUCAUGCUCAUGGUCGGCCUGGCCGCCAUGCAGGUCGUGCUGGCCGUGUGCUGGGGCGCGCUGGCUCUGCUCAAGUGGAGGCACCGGACGGCGAAGCUGCGCAUAGCCCUCCCAUUCGCCUGACGCACUCCUGCGAGGUGUCGUGUACUGUAGUAGCAGCGUGUCGGUUGCUCGGACUGUAUACGCCGGACGCCAAUCCGCGCCGAGGCCUUGCACGGUGGCGCAUGGCUCAAGGGCCUCCGACACCGGUAAAGAAGAAAGCGCAACGAUACAACAAGAGGAGAAGAAA